AUGAAUUAGUAUUCAUUUUGUAGUCCAAAACCUAGAUUUAUGCAAGUUAAAAUGGAUGAAGCAGAAUAAAGAAGUUGGUCUAAAGAAUAUAAAAAAAGAAGCGAUUAUUUUAGUUUAUUUUCAAAACCUUCAACAUCUCGGCCUUAGACUGUGGAUUCAAAAGUAGAAGGAAACAAGGCAAUAAGAUGCAACUCUAGAAAAUAAAGAUAACAUUCAUUAUAAGAUCCUGAAAUAACAUGUCUUAAUUAAGAUGUUUAGUUAGUUGAUUAUUUAGUAUUAUUUAUAAUUAACGUAGUUUUAAUUAAAAAAUAGGUAAUAAGAUAGAUAUAAAAGUAGAAUCUUAAAAUUACAUGAAAAAAAAACAAGAGUUUGGAAAAACUAUAAAUUUCCAGAGUUAUUCUAAAGCAUAAAAAACAGAAAUGAUAGUUUUGAUCCAUUGAUUAUAUUUGAUAAAAAAAAAGAACCAAUUCUGAAUUAUAUUUCUUGA